AUGACCGACAGUGACCUCAACCAAACCGGAGUCAUUUCUACUUUGACGACAAAUACAGUGGGACCACUGGUGGUGGCCAAAUACUUCGCCCCACUUCUGCAGAAGGGGGCCGGACUAUUUGGACAGCAGCCUCCAGAAAAAGCCAAGCAGCACAGCGGAAUCAUAGUCAACAUGACGGCCAAAGUCGGAUCCAUAGGUGAUAACGCUUUAGGUGGUUGGUACAGCUACAGGAUGUCCAAAGCAGCCCUGAACAUGGCUACCAGGAACCUCUCUAUUGAGUUGGGGAGGAGUAGACCCAGAGUUGUGUGUGUGUCCAUGCAUCCUGGUACUGUAGACACAGAGUUGUCAAGGCCAUACCAUCGCAACAUGCCCAAAGAAAGGCUCUUCAGCACCCAGCACUCAGUCCAUUGUCUCCUGGGAAUAAUAGACACUCUUAACAUAGACAAGACUGGCAAGGCGUACAACUGGGAUGGAUCUGAGCUGCCCUGGUAGCGGUAGAAUAACAAACUUAAAAACUGAAGUGAUGGUGUCUUUAAGAACUUUGAGAACAUCUGUAUGGGAAUCCAGUGUUGUUCUCCUGACUGGCAGUUGUAUGUCCUAAACAACAGGACAACACCUUGUGGAGAGAUAUCACAGGAGACAUGAUGUAAUUGUAGAGUAAUUCACCUUUACAAGGAGGGGUACUACUUUGCAUGCAUAAGGCUGUAGUGUUGUGGUUGUUAAAGUUGUGCAAAAAUGAAAGUAUUUUCAGCAUCUGUUGCUGUAAUUGUUCAAAUAAAGACCAUUGACCAUUC